GAUCCGCUCCUCGGGCCCAGCAUCUCCCGAACCCAACCGUUCAGCCAAUGACACUUAGCCACGUAACCCGCUCACACCAUUGUCCGAGCGCGAGUUGUGAAACACCGUAGACAAGCUCUUCUCCCCGAUUCGAACAAAAUUCUUGUCUGCAGGCCGAACUUCGAGCUAUCGGUUUGCUCUGCUUUUUUGCUUCGCUCAGCUGCGGAAAAACCUCCCACACUUCCGUUAUCUCCGUCGUCGUCUUCUUCCUUUUCGAGGCUCUCCGGAGCUCCUUCAAUGGCGUCCGUGCUCAACACCGUCACGGCCAUCACAUUCCCCGGCGCCAACACCAACGGAGCUCGAGCUCGAGGUCAACUGUCUCCGGCGCCUAUUUCCGUUUCUUUCACCCGACGAAGGCUUACUGUUAGAGCUGCAGAGACCGAUACAAACGAAGUGAAUCCUCAGGUACCGGACAAGGCACCGGCUAAAAAUGGUUCCAGCUUCAACCAGCUUCUUGGCAUCAAAGGAGCCGCACAAGAAACUAAUAAAUGGAAGAUUCGCCUGCAACUUACCAAACCUGUGACUUGGCCUCCAUUGGUUUGGGGAGUGGUUUGUGGAGCUGCUGCUUCGGGAAACUUUCAUUGGAAUCUGGAGGAUGUGGCCAAAUCAAUUGUUUGCAUGAUUAUGUCCGGCCCAUGUCUCACGGGCUAUACACAGACAAUGAACGAUUGGUAUGAUCGAGAAAUUGAUGCUAUUAAUGAACCUUAUCGUCCUAUUCCAUCGGGGGCAAUUUCUGAGAAUGAGGUUAUUACUCAAAUCUGGGUAUUGCUCUUAGCAGGCCUUGGGUUGGCUGGUAUAUUAGAUGUAUGGGCAGGGCAUGAUUUUCCCAUACUUUUCUACCUUGCUCUUGGUGGUUCAUUGCUAUCAUACAUAUACUCUGCUCCACCUUUAAAGCUGAAGCAAAAUGGGUGGAUAGGAAAUUUUGCUCUUGGAGCAAGCUAUAUCAGUUUGCCGUGGUGGGCUGGUCAAGCUUUAUUUGGGACCCUUACACCUGAUAUAGUUGUGCUGACUAUCCUGUACAGCAUAGCAGGGCUGGGGAUUGCCAUUGUAAAUGACUUCAAAAGCAUUGAAGGAGACAGGGCAAUGGGGCUUCAGUCCCUUCCAGUGGCUUUUGGUGCUGAAACAGCAAAAUGGAUUUGUGUUGGUGCCAUUGACAUUACUCAACUAUCUGUGGCUGGUUAUCUGCUCGGGGCUGGUAAACCAUUCUAUGCUUUGGCUCUCCUUGCUCUCAUAGUUCCACAAGUUGUUUUUCAGUUUCAAUACUUCUUGAAAGACCCUGUGAAGUAUGAUGUAAAAUAUCAGGCUAGUGCACAGCCAUUCCUUGUGCUCGGUCUGCUGGUCACUGCUUUGGCAACCAGUCACUGAUGACUCUAUUAGUCCAUGAAGCCACUAUAGAGAAGUAUGGGGGUCUGUAUGGAGGAAGAGCUGGCCACCUAUUGCGUUGUCAUGACCAUUACGUUCCGGAAUACUAGAAAAGGCUCAGUGCUUGUUCGAAAUGAUUUCCAGGUUUCCUCCUACUGCGUCAUUUCCUACAAAUGGAUUCAGUCCAUAGCGACUGAUUUUCUCAAUGUUUUGCCUGCAUAUCCAUUACGAUUGCUAGAUUAUGGUCGUCCUUUGUGGAUGUAAUUUUGUUUUCCUUCCUGUAAUCAGACUUUCUUCUUUUGCUAGCUACUAGUUUGUUCCUCAUUUUGGGUAAUGACAGUACCCCGUUGGAGGUGUACUUUGUCAAAACUGGCCAGUACUGUGGAGGAGACACCAAGACAGUGUCUUAUGAUUUUCCAUUUUUAAAGCCUAGAAAGAUUGGCACAAUAUUGCUACACGUCCAUAAUUUCAGUUUUUCAUUUUGUGAA